UCGGUGUCUCAACAUGUUUUCUCUUGCUCUGGGCUGGCUGUUGUUUCAACCGACGGUUGGACAGGCGAUCCGACCGCGCGCCGGCAACCACACAGUGUGCAACAGCCAGCUGUGCACGUGGUGGCACGACAAUGGAGAGAUCAACACGGCCGGCAUGGUACAUCUGGGCAACGUGCGCCAGUCGCGCAAGAACAACACGCUGGGUUCGGACGUGGAUGACGGUAUCACCAUUGAGCCCAGCGCUGGCAUCAACAUGGCCUGGUCCCAGUUUGAGCACUCCAUCGCCGUCGAGAUGAUCUCACACGCGACGACUCACGCCUCCCUCGACGGCGCUAUAAUCAUCCACGUGACGCAUGGCCCCAACGGCCGGAGAUUUUCGGUCGAGUUUCGCAACUAUCUGACCCGUACCGUUCCGACGGCGCGCGACGACUGGGGCUCGUCCGGCAUCCUAUACUUCCCUUCCGGGGUGUACCGGAUGAACUCCAACCCGCAGGGCCAGACACCCAAGAUCGGCGAGAACCACAUACGGCUUUCCCCAAACAGCUACUGGGUGUACUGGGCGCCUGAGCGACGCCACCAGCCAGCACAUGUGGGGGCACAACAGCCUGGGCGGCAGCCAGACUUGAUAUUGCCAGGGCCCGACCAUCAACGCGCCGCCAUUCAACACGAUGGAACUUCCACGGAAGCUCCGACAUCACCACCCGCAUCUCGGAUCAUCGGGGCGUCGCCCUUCUACAUGCCCCGCCGCUCGAUCGACCCGGCCAGUUCCAUCAAUAUGAUCAUCUCCAAUCUCGUGUGCGAGGGCCUGGGCCCGUCGCUGAUUCGCAUCACGCCCCUGCAAGACUACCGCGCUCGAAGCUUGCAAAGACAAAGCCAGACAGCCAUCUGGACACGCUUUAUGUUGAGCCCCACGCCUCUGCAAAAGGACGGUUUACUCGCCAGUUACCUAUCCGGCCAGAGCCUUUAGACGGAUCUCCUUGCGGCGCUGGUUGGGCUUCAACCCCUUCACCACCGGGCGCCUGUCUCUUGCGGCGCGGCGCCAAUGAGCCACCGAGGUAUUUGCCGUAUUCAUAAGGUAGCGUUGUUGAACGUGAGAGAAGUCUCGCAGACGGCUUUCACAACAUCACAGUCGUCAAGGAGACACGACAAUACCCAAGGAACUCCUUCGGCCCGGCAUCGGGGAUGAUCACAUCGUGCAAACCAGUCCUUGUUAUUCAUAAAUGCGGAGAAUGAGGGCAGAGGGAAAAGGACAAGCUGUCUCGGCUUCAAUGUUCUAUGCUACCACGGACAGUAGUCAGGUCCGAUGCUUGACCUUAAGAAUAGACUCAUUCAAG